AUGGACCAACUCUAUUCACUUCCCAGCUCAAUUGCUGAAAGCAUUGAGCCGACCCUGAAGAUUUACCUUCCGCUUCUCAACAAAAACUCAACUGCCAUUAAAUCAACUUUGAGAAAAAAAUUCUCUUAUGGCCCAAACCCUCGCAAUAACCUGGAUAUCUAUUAUCCCGCUAACAAUCCCACCGGGGCUGGGUGCCCUGUCUUCAUUUUUACGUAUGGAGGCGGCUUCACUCAAGGAGACAGAGCCUCUGAAGAACAUCUACUCUAUCAAAACCUCGGACACUUCUUUGCCGAGAAGUGUGGAUUCGUCACUGUCAUUCCGGACUAUCGCCUUGUGCCAGAGGCACGAUUUCCCUCGGGCGGACAAGAUAUCGAGAUGGCUGUGAAGUGGCUUAUAGAAAACAAUGACAAGAUUGGAGGCUCACAGCCAAGAUCGUUGUUCAUGAUGGGCAACUCUGCCGGUGCUGUUCACCUUUGCACAUUCUUGCUGCACCGUUCGUUUGCUGAGCUUCGCGGCAAGAUCACAAGUAAUAGCGACGCUUGCCCCUUCAGGCUUAAGGCUGCUGUCUUUUGCUCGAUGCCGGCAUCGUUCCGCAACCCUCGCCCUUAUCGGGCUGCUGUUCUUGCAACCUAUUAUGGAGAAACGAUCGAGCAGGAUUGUCCCGUCGGGCUUAUUGAGGCCUGUAAUAAGAACCAUGGUGUGUCAGAUGUUGCACCUGGGGUCCAGUUCCUUCUACUGUAUGGAUCCCUUGACCCCGAAGAUGAAAUUCUGGGCAGCAACAAAGAGUUUAUUGAGCUAUGGCGAUCGAGUAAGGGAACCUCGGGUGUAGAGCUUGAAGUUCAGGUUAUGGAGGGUCAUAACCAUAUCUCCCCUCCACCAGCUCUUGGUACCAAUGUUUCGAGAGAAGAGGUCUGGGGCUUUAAUGUAGCUGGGUUUUGGAACGCGGCAGCUCGAAGCUGA